CAUUAAUCAAUUGAACAAACAAAGAUAAAUCCUCCACAAUCAUAUUCCAUCCAAAAAUCCGUAACUUUCAGAUGGAUCAUAAACAUGAUCAUCGGUCGAUUGAAAUAUCAUCAGAUACACAAUCCACACAGAAAAACUAUGUUACAAGUAAAGUGUGUGCAGGAGCAGCAUGCGGAUUCUCUGAUGCGAAAACAAGCUCUAAAGAUGCCCAAGAAAGAUCAGCUUCAGUAAGGAAGCUAUUAGGCAGUGUUGUAAUAUGUUUCAUUUUCAUGGCAAUAGAAAUAGUUGGUGGUAUUAAAGCAAACAGUCUUGCUAUUUUAACAGAUGCGGCUCAUUUGUUAUCUGAUGUUGCUGCUUUUGCUAUCUCGUUAUUUUCGGUUUGGGCUUCUGGUUGGGAAGCCACUCCUCGUCAAUCUUAUGGGUUUUUUAGGAUUGAGAUUCUUGGGACAUUGGUGUCGAUUCAGUUGAUAUGGUUACUUACUGGGAUUCUUGUUUAUGAAGCUAUAGAUAGAUUACUUCAUGGUAAAGUUGAAGUUGAAGGGGGGCUUAUGUUUGGUAUUUCCACCGUCGGAUUGGUUGUUAACAUUUUUAUGAUUUUCAUACUUGGCCAUGACCAUGGACACGGUCAUGGACAUCACGAUCAUGUUCAUCAUGGGCAUGAUCAGCAUAAUGAUCAUGAGGAUACACAUGUCCAUGGGCUUAGUGUCACUCAUCAUCAUGAUGGACAUGAAGAUCAUACACAGCCUUUGUUGAAAUCAUACCAGACGUCGUGCGAAAGUAAAAACAAGAGGGGUAAUAUAAACGUUCAGGGGGCUUAUCUUCACGUGCUCGGGGAUAUGAUUCAAAGUAUUGGGGUAAUGAUUGGUGCUGCAAUUAUAUGGUAUAAUCCCAAAUGGACUAUAGUUGAUCCGAUAUGCACACUUUUGUUUUCCAUCAUAGUGUUGUACACCACGAUCAAUAUGUUACGGGACAUUUUAGAGGUUUUGAUGGAGAGCACACCAAGAGAGAUAGAUGCGACUCGUUUGGAGCAUGGGCUUUGUGAGAUUGAAGAAGUUAUUGCCAUUCAUGAGUUGCAUAUUUGGGCGAUUACUGUUGGCAAAGUUUUGUUAGCUUGCCAUGUCAAGAUCAGGCGUCAAGCGGAUGCUGAUAUGGUUCUUGAUAAAGUUGUUGAUUAUAUUAGGAGGGAGUACAACAUUAGUCAUGUUACAAUUCAAAUUGAGAGAGAAUAAAAAUCAGGUAUUUGUAACUUUGAGCUCUUAGUUCUUUAGUGUUUAUGUUUUUUUUUUUAGCAUGAGUAUUUGCCUUUCACAAAUUAUAUGAUGCAUCAUUAGAGUAUUUGCAAUUCAAUAUAUGAUGCAUCU